CUGAGUAAUAAGCUAGAGGGGAACCCAGCAUGGAUGCAGCUAGUUUGUGCAACAGCAGAUCAGGUUGUCCUGGAUCCUACAGAUGCUUCACGGGACGUUGAGGGCGAGGACGAGCCAACAUGUCAGUCUCCGUGGUAACAGACUCAUACCCGUCCAGUGGCUGGUCAGCGGUCUCUGUGACCCCGGCGGGUACCAACGUAACAGACUGGGAGCGUGACGCCGUCCUGGCGGUGGCCGAGGUGGUGGUGCUGGCCAUCAUCUUGGUGAUGGCGCUGCUCGGCAACGGGCUGGUGCUUGUGGUGUUGCUAAGGCGGAGAGGACAACACAACCCGCUGCACCAGUUCAUGCUCAACCUCUGUCUGGCCGACCUGGUGGUGGCGCUGUUCCAGGUGUUGCCCCAGCUGGUGUGGGAUGCUAAAGGCCGCUUCCCUGGCCCGGACUUCCUUUGUCGCCUGGUGAAAUACCUGCAGGUCCUCGGGAUGUUCGCCUCCUCCUACAUGAUCGUAGCCAUGACGAUGGACCGGCACUACGCCAUCUGCUGGCCCCUGCACGCGCACCGCAGCGGCGCCACCCAACGCUGGAACACCUUCAUACUGCUGGCAUGGGGGCUGUCACUGCUGCUCAGCCUGCCACAGGUUUUCAUCUUCUCCCGUUCAGAAGUGGCUCCAGGUGUCUACGAGUGUUGGGGUAACUUUGCUGAGUCGUGGGGCCUCAGAGCCUACGUGACCUGGAUGACCCUGGCUGUCUUCAUCCUCCCUGCCCUCGUCAUCACUGUCUGCCAGGUGCGAAUCUUCAUGGAGAUCCACAACAGUCUGCACCUGAAGUCAGAGCGCCGCCUGUCCCCCGCCUCCCUCUCUCCAGCCAGACGGGACAGCCAGAGAGCGGGAGGCGGAGACAGCAGAGGGACGUCCAGUCUCUCCCUGUAUGUUUCACCACUCGUGUUCAAGGACCGCAGGACUGACACCAGCUUGGACCCUGGGUCCAUCUGUCAGCACCUGCCAAUGGGUCCACUCGGGGCCAACAGCAUCAUGUCACAAUGUGAUCUUCACACAUACACUGUUCAUCCAGUUGAGUUGAAGCCCGAUGCGAUGCCUUGCCCUGUAGCCGCCUCUGCUGUACGCUGCCGUUUGCCCAAAGCCCCCCCAGCCCGUGGUGGAGAGGUAUCAGCGGCCAUGUCAAAGACAGUGAAGAUGACCCUGGUCAUAGUGCUCGUCUACUCGCUCUGCUGGACCCCGUUUUUCAGUGUCCAGCUGUGGGCCGCCUGGUACCCUGACCCAUCUCAGAAUGGUGCAGUCUUCACCCUGCUGAUGCUGCUGGCCAGUCUAAACUCGUGCACCAACCCUUGGAUCUACUCGGCCUUCUCCAGCAGCGUCUCCCCGGAGCUCCGCCUGCUGCUGCUCUGUCGCACCGCCUCACAGCGCCGGGGCUCGCUACCCAACGACUCCACCACCACACACAACUCCAACUGCUGAACAAUACAGACAAGUGCAAAAUCCUGUAAUGAUGGGA